AUGGAGGGACGACUAGAUGAGCUUGGCGAUGAGCUUGUCCAUAUCUUUGUUGGACCCGAAAGAAAGAAGUUCUCGGUCCACAAGAACCUCAUCUGCAGAUGUGGAGAUUUCUUCAAGGCAGCUUUUCAAGACAAUGGAUUUAAAGAGGGAGCGGAGAAUAAGAUGGAUCUACCUGAAGAUAAGCCGUAUAUUUUUCAGGGAUUUAUCCUAGCUUUGUAUAUCAGAUCUCGAGAAUAG